GUCACUGUUCCUCAGCCCUGCCGCGGGGCAUUGUGGGAGAUUCUGACUGAGCCGGAGACAUUUUGGAUUUAAAGGGGCUGAGCUCUGAGCUAGCCGUCAGUCACAGCUCUCGGUUUCCCAGAGCGACCUAGAAGAAGAUGUCCACCAUGGUGUACCCGCGAGAAGAGAAGCUGGAGAAGCUCUCUCAGGAGGAGAUCAUCUCCAACACCAAGCUGGUGAUCCAGGGUCUGGAGGCCCUGAAGAACGAGCACAACUCCAUCCUGCACAGCCUCCUGGAGACCAUCAAGUGCCUGAAGAAGGAUGAGGAGGCCAACCUGGUGCACGAGAAGUCCAACCUGCUCCGCAAGUCGGUGGAGAUGAUCGAGCUGGGCCUGGGAGAAGCUCAGGUGAUGAUGGCCCUCUCCAACCACCUGAACGCGGUGGAGUCUGAGAAGCAGAAGCUGCGCGCUCAGGUGAGGAGGCUCUGCCAGGAGAACCAGUGGCUGCGGGACGAGCUGGCCAACACCCAGCAGAAGCUGCAGAAGAGCGAGCAGAGCGUGGCCCAGCUGGAGGAGGAGAAGAAGCACCUGGAGUUCAUGAACCAGCUCAAGAAGUACGACGAAGAUGUCUCACCCACUCAGGAGGAGAAGGGCCAAGAGACACCGAAGGACUCUCUGGACGACCUCUUCCCCAACGACGAGGAGGACCACGGCCAAGGAAUGCAGCACCAACACAACAGCGCCGCCGUGGCUGCGGCUCAGCAGGGAGGCUACGAGAUCCCCGCCCGCCUGAGGACCCUGCACAACCUGGUGAUCCAGUACGCCUCCCAGGGCCGGUACGAGGUGGCCGUCCCCCUCUGCAAGCAGGCUCUGGAGGACCUGGAGAAGACUUCUGGACACGACCACCCCGACGUGGCCACCAUGCUCAACAUCCUGGCUUUGGUCUACAGGGAUCAGAACAAAUACAAAGAGGCCGCCCACCUGCUCAACGACGCUCUCUCCAUCCGUGAGAAGACCCUCGGCAAAGAUCAUCCCGCUGUUGCUGCGACGCUGAACAACCUGGCCGUGCUGUACGGAAAGAGAGGGAAGUACAAGGAGGCUGAGCCGCUCUGCAAGAGAGCUCUGGAGAUCAGAGAAAAGGUCUUGGGGAAGGAUCAUCCAGAUGUGGCCAAACAGCUGAACAACCUGGCUCUGCUGUGUCAGAACCAGGGCAAGUACGAGGAGGUGGAGUACUACUACUGCCGGGCCCUGGAGAUCUACGAGUGCAGGCUGGGCCCGGAUGAUCCCAACGUGGCCAAGACCAAGAACAACCUGGCGUCCUGCUUCCUCAAACAGGGGAAAUACAAGGAGGCCGAGGUCCUGUACAAAGAGAUUCUGACCCGAGCUCACGAGAAAGAGUUUGGAUCUGUGGAUGCUGAGAACAAGCCCAUCUGGAUGCAUGCAGAGGAGAGAGAGGAGAUGAGCAAGGGCAAGCACAGAGACAACACCCCCUACGGAGAGUACGGCGGCUGGUACAAGGCCUGCAAAGUCAACAGCCCCACAGUGAACACUACCCUGAGGAACCUGGGGGCUUUGUACCGCCGACAGGGCAAACUGGAGGCUGCAGAUACCCUGGAGGAGUGCGCCGUCAGGUCCCGUAAGCAGAGCAACACAGGCAUCGACCCCAUCCACGGGACGCGUGUGGUGGAGCUGCUGAAGGACACAGACGGGGACAGGCGGAGGAGCAGGGACAGCCUGUCCAGCGUUAAGUAUGAGAGCGGCUCCGAGACCGGCGAGGAAGUGAGUAUGGGCGUGGAGUGGAACGGGGAUGGCAGUGGAGCUCUGCAGCGCAGCGGCUCUCUGGGAAAGCUCAGGGACGUUUUACGGCGAAGCAGCGAGCUGCUGGUGAAGAAGCUUCAGGGGAACGGACCUCCUGAACCUCGCAACACAAACAUGAAGCGAGCUGCGUCUUUGAACUACCUGAACAAGACCAGUGACGACCAGUUCCAGAAUCGAGGAGGAGGAAACUUCAGGGAGAGUCGCGGUCUAAGCUCCAGCACCGUGGAUCUUUACACCGGGAACUAGACGACUCCAGGUUCAGGUUCUGCUUCCCUCGGCUCGUUCUCUGAGCCUCCACGAUGAUCACCAACGACACUACCAGACCCUGCACCCUCUCUCUCCGCCUCCCAAAGACCCUCCGAGAUCCAGACCCAAAGACUCUUUUUAGUCGUCAGAAACCUGCUGUGUUUUUAAUUCAGGGUGUUUUUAUGUCCUCUCAUCGUGCCUCCUGAACACGUCUCCUCAGAAUCAGAGUCUGCACUUCACCUCUUCUUUAGGUCCCUCCUCCUGGUUCUGGUCUUCCUGUGCCAUUCGUCUUUUAUUCAGAGUCUGUCGGGUUUGAAAUGAGGAAAUGUAAAGUUGUAAAUCCUGAUUUUUAUUUCAUGUGAUGGUUGAACUUUUGCCUGUUGAGAUUCUUUGUGAUGCGAGGUGUUGCUUUAAGCUUUGGGGGACGGGUUGAAUCAUGAACCCGGACCUUUCGUGAGUCAGGGACUUUAUUUCUAACAGAUUAGAAUCCCGUGAUCUCAGAGCGCUCAGAAACACCUCCGUGAAAAUGUCCGACUCUUUUAAUCGUGUGUAAAAUGGAUAACGAGGUUUGAACGGAUCCUCCUGAUUGAUCUGUGGUGCCAUGUGAGACUCGCCUGCAGACGGCUUCAGGUGUGAACCGUGAACGCCGUGUUUACAGGUGUGAUACGGAUCCUGAUCUCUGCUGGGUGAUUAAUUUGCACAUUUCUCUGAUCGGUGUCUUUGAUUCUUUUUUUUAUUUUUAGUGAAGCUACUUAAAAAAAAAAAAACUGGAAUGUUGUGAGACUUAAUUUUUGUUUGACAUGUUUGACAGAAAUCAGAAAUGAAGCAGGAAUAGAAGAGUUAGGUUUCAUGAUCGUUGUUGGUAACCUUGAUUCUCAAAUAUCAUAAAUAUAAAUCCUGUGUAAAGGAAAAUCUGUGUGAUCCUGAUCCAGAAAUAAAACCAACACUUUUCUAUUCACA